AUGGAUCCGUACGGUGGUGGGGCCGGCUGGCCGGCGUCACCGCUGCGGGGCGGCGGCAGCCUGUACGACAACAUUUCGAACGACGGCAUCCCGAUGGACGCGCUGGCCGAGCUGCAGGACACGGGUUUCGAGCCGCAGACACGUGCCCGCUCCAACACCUGGCCGCUGCCGCGGCCGGAAAACUUUGUCGAACCGGAAACCGAGCUGGACAGCAAUAAGUGCAGCAAUCAGCAGUUGGCCACCACCGCGGCCACCAGCAAUACGCAGCUUCAGUCGGCGGCAUCGUCGUCGUCCUCGUCGAAGAAGAACUCAUCACGCCGGAACGCCUGGGGAAACCUGUCCUACGCCGACCUCAUCACGCAGGCCAUCAGCUCGGCCAGCGAUAGCCGGCUAACGCUCAGCCAGAUCUACGAGUGGAUGGUGCAGAACGUGCCGUACUUCAAGGAUAAGGGCGACUCGAACAGCAGCGCUGGAUGGAAGAACUCGAUACGCCACAAUCUAUCACUGCACAAUCGCUUCAUGCGAGUGCAGAACGAAGGGACCGGCAAAUCGUCCUGGUGGAUGCUGAAUCCGGAUGCUAAACCGGGCAAAUCGGUACGCCGGCGAGCCGCCUCGAUGGAGACUUCGAAGUACGAGAAACGCCGGGGCCGGGCGAAAAAGCGCGUCGAAGCCAUCCGCCAGCAGGCCGCCCUCGGACUGGCCACCAACCCUCUCAACGAUGCCACGCCGUCGCCGAGCAGUAGCGUUAGCGAAGGAUUAGACAUAUUCCCGGAGAGUCCGCUGCAUAGCGGUAACUUCCAGUUGUCGCCCGACUUCCGGCAGCGGGCAUCCUCGAACGCGAGCUCGUGCGGUCGGCUCAGCCCGAUCCAGUCGAUCGUGGGCGUCGACAACGUGUGGACCUAUCCGCCCGAGCUGGCCGAGCUGGUCGACAACCCGCAGCAGGACCCGUCGCAGGGUGGCGCCGAGCUGGAGCUGGAUCUCAGUGGGCAGGCCCAGGCGCAGCUCGAUCAGCUGGCCGGCUCGCUGGCCGACGAGCUGACGCUACAGCAGACCGACUUCUUCAAAGGAUUCGCCCAAUCGACGGCGAUGCACAACCAGCCACCGCCGCCCCCGUAUCAGCCGCCGCAGCCCUACUCGCUGAUGGCCUCGGUCGCACCCUCCUACGGUCUCCCGCAGCAACUGAAUCAGUGUCCGAUUCACCGCGUACAGCACUGUACCUGCAUGCUCCAGAAUAAUGCCCGUGAGAGCAUUUCGCCGUCAUCCGGGACCGGCAUGUCACCAUCAUAUCCACACAGCGAGCCAUCCCCCGACUACGCCAUGCUGACCGCCGCGCGCGUCAUACAGCGGACGCCCUCGUCUAGUCCACCGCUAACACCAAAUGCGCUGUGCGGGUUGAUAGCGCCACCUCACCCAGAACCGACACCGCAGACGCUAAUGGGACAGGUUAUGGAAGCUUUAAACAGCCAAACAAACAUAGACGACAUCAACAUCAACGUCGAAUCGUUUCCGUGUGUGGACGAGGUGCUGAAGCAUGAGCUCAGCCUCGAAGGUUCCCUGGACUUCUCGAAUCUGCCACUACCGAUCCACAACAACAGCUACUCGGCGCCGAACAACUCCAACUCGUCCGACUCGUCGUCCGGUAUCAGUGCAAUGACCGCACCGUCGCCGAAUCAGCAGGCUUCGUCCCACAAUCACGGCCAGUACGCCGCCAGAACGAGCGUAACGCCACCGUCGUGGGUCCACUAAUUCGGCGGCCGACCCCCAGCGGAUUAGUGGAUCGGUGCGGUACACGAGCGAUCGAUAGUGACACAACUGUUUGUAGGCAGAAGACACGAGGAACGUUGGGCAGUUUCGUAGCAGGACAAGAGCUCUGUGU